CUCUUACAUGUCCACGUCAGACCCAUAAAGCGCGAUAAAAGCAGGAAGAAGAAGGAAGUAGAAGAUAACCAAAACAAACGAGCUCUGUGCUCUCUCUCACUCACCAUCUCACCUUUAAUUCCCUGCUCAACAGAAAGAGAAAUAGGGCUCGGCAGAUUUGGGGUUUCAAAGUUUGGAAGGAUAAUAAAAUGGAGAAAUUUUGUGAGUUCUGCUUGGCAUUGAGGCCGGUUGUGUACUGCAAAGCUGAUGCAGCACUUCUUUGCCUCUCCUGCGAUGCGAAGGUCCAUUCGGCAAACACACUUUUCAACCGGCAUUUGCGCAGUAUCUUGUGUGACUUGUGCAGACAUUUCCCGGCUUGUAUUCAGUGUUUGGAUCACAAGAUGUUUAUGUGCCGUGCCUGUGACCGUGCUUUGCACACGAUCGCCUCCCAACAUCCAAAAAGGGCAAUCAGCAGUUACACAGGUUCCCCGUCUGCUGAGGACUUUGCAGCAUUGUGGGGUUUCAAAUUGAACGAGACCGACAAUUGUAGUGCGCAUUUGGAUUUGAAUGGGACUCUGUCCAAUUCUUGUGGCUCUUCGUGCGACUCAAGUGCAGUAAACUUGGAUAGUCUAGAGCAGUCUUGCUCUCAAGCUGAAGGCCUUCUGGCAGCAAAUUCUCUCACCUGGAUUUCAGGUGCUGAACCUGAAGCGGGAUCGAGCAGUCAACAAUACAAGAUAUCUCCUGAAGGUCAAGAGAACAAUUUCAUUCUGCACCAGAUUCUAGAAUUGAAAAGGAUUCAGCUUUCUGGGGGAAACGGCCCUUCACUGCUGGAACCCGGUAGAGAGCAAAGUGACCUAUCUUCCUCAGUACUUCGGACAUCGAAGAGGCUCGAUGUUCAUCUUGAUCAGCGUUUACAACAUUCUCAGAAUGCCGGCAUUAAAUUUAGGCAAAGGGACAGUCCGGUUCAGGAACUGAAAGUUGAUCAUUUAUCAUUUCCAUUUUCUCAAAUGGAGCAUAUGCAACCAUCUUCACCUGCUGGACUUCCAUUGCAUACAGAAUCCUUUUGGCAAUGCAGAAGUCCGGUUCAAAGUAAUCAGUUGUGGCCUCAAAAUAUGCAAGACAUAGGGGUUUGUGAAGAACUUGUUUGUUCUGAUGAUUUCGAUAUACCUGAUGUUGAUAUGACAUUUCAAAACUUCGAAGAACUAUUCGGAGGUGAUCAAGAUCCUAUCAGAGCUGCAGUGCUUCAUGAUAAAGAUGUGUCUUACUCGUCGGUGGAGAAGGGCAUAUCCCUGGACAAAUCGGAUAAUGGCAAUGCAAGUGCAGCGAACAUGAUGCAUCAGAGGCUUCAUCUGUUUUCAUUAAUCGGUCUGCUCACUUGGACAACGAUAAGGCUUGUAACCAACCUGAAAACCAUCAAGAAAACAUGGAUUCUCCAUGUCCUAUUCAACCGUGUUCAACUCUGUCGUUCUGUAUUUCAAGGCACAGCACCGAAGGCAGUGGGAAUGAUUGUCAUAACAGCGAGAUUUCCCCCAUCACCGGAGGGGAGAGCUCAAGCAGUUCACCUCAUGUAAGUAAAAGGAGGAGGAACAAAGAUUAGAAGCAUUCCCGGCUGUAAGCCU